UACUUUCACCCCCAUUGUGGUGAAUCUGGGGCUCUCUCAUACGUUCUGCCAGACUUGCAGGAGUUUAGAGGAGCGAACUAAGAGCGGUCGACCUUUUAAAAGAAAAAAACUUAUUUUACACGCAUGGAUCUAUUUUGUUCACUUCUGGGAUUUCGAGGAAGUGCAAUGGUUUGCGCUGCUGGGCAUUUUGGAGCGCCAACAGGCAGGCAAAGGCCACACGGACUCUACACCGCAAAGUUUUAAAAGUUGUUUCCUUUUCAAGUUGUUGUCUUCUACCCACCCGCUCACACACGGUGCUUGUCGGCGGCGUUGAAGAGCCGUGACCAUCAUGGCGAGGCGGACCAGGCAGAGCACUUUAGCUUUGACGCUGAAUCCGCGCGCUGCUUUCCGGGAUACUUUGCUCGGGCUUCACGGGAGCUUGUCGGCUUGUUUGUGGGGCUUCUUUUUAACGUGUUGGGUUCUUUCUUGUGGAUAUUGUCGAGCUGACACGGAGUUUUCCAUUCUGGAAGAAGCACAAGUUCUGUCCGAGCAGAUGAAAAAGCUGUCCUCUCAGGAGCUGGGAGUCUUUACUAUGCAGAGGAUUUUCAAUUCGUUUGUGUACACAGAGAAGACAUCAAAUGGAGAGACAGAAGUCCAGCAGCUGGCCAAGAAGAUUCGGGAGAAGUUUAACCGCUACCUGGAUGUGGUGAACAGGAACAAACAGGUGGUAGAAGCCUCAUACACUGCCCACCUGACCUCUCCACUCACUGCAAUACAGGACUGCUGCUCCAUUCCAACAUCUAUGAUGGAGUUUGAUGGAAAUUUUAACGCCAAUGUGUCCAAGACCAUCUGCUGCGACAGACUCUCACCCACUGUCAACAGCCGAGCUUUCAACCCUGGACGAGACCUCAACUCAGUGUUGGCAGACAACCUCAAGUCCAACCCAGGCAUUAAGUGGCAGUACUUCAGCUCAGAGGAGGGCAUCUUCACUCUCUUCCCAGCCCACAAAUUCCACUGUAAAGGCAGUUACGAGCAUCGCAGCAGGCCUGUGUAUGUGUCUGCAGUGCGUCCCCAGUCUAAACAUAUUGUUGUGAUGGUGGAUCACGGAGCAUCCGUGACAGAAAGUCAACUUCAAAUUGCCAGAGACUCAGCACUCGUUAUCCUUAAUGCAAUAGAUGAACAUGACAAGAUUUCCAUUCUGUCAGUGGCAGAGAUGGUUCGCUCCUGCUCCCUGGACCAGUGCUACAAGAGUUUGCUCUCUCCAGCCACCAGCGAGACAAAGAGGAAGAUGAGCACCUUCAUCUCCAACAUCAAGGCUUCUGAUGGUACCACACAGCAUGCAGCGGGCUUCCAAAGGGCUUUCCAGCUUCUUCGAAACACCAGCAGCCUCAGCAAGCAAAGCACCACCACAGACAUGGUUAUCAUCUACCUGUCCUCUGGCAUCACAUCUCGAGAGUCAUCAGAGCAGGAGAAGAAAGCAACGCUUAGUGUGGUCAGAGAAGAGAACAGAUACUUCAAUAACUCUGUCAUGAUCCUCACUUAUGCGCUCAUGAAUGAGGGAAUAACAGGUUUGAAGGAGCUGGCCUUCUUGCGGGACCUGGCGGAGCAGAAUUCGGUUAAGUAUGGUGUUGACCGUUUUCCUUUGGCUUCCUCGUUUGGGUCAGCUGGUGCUCCCAUGAUGCCUGUAGUGAAGGGCAGCAUGAUGGUGCUGAACCAGCUCAGUAACCUGGAGACAACCGUGGGCCGCUUCUAUAUCAACCUGCCCAACCGCAUGAUCGACCUCGCCCGCUUCAGUUUGCCCUACGCUGACCCCAUGGGAGACGGGUUUAUUAUGACUGUGAGUCGGCCGUGUUAUUUCGGUAACCUGCUCCUGGGUGUGGUUGGAGUGGACGUGAAUCUGGCCUACAUUUUGGAGGACGUCACGUACUAUCAAGACUCUUUGGCUUCAUACACCUUCCUCAUUGACAACAAAGGUUAUACCUUGAUGCACCCAUCACUAACACGGCCUUACCUGAUGACUGAGCCUCCUCUUCACACAGAUAUUAUUCACUAUGAGAAUAUUCCGCGAUUCCAUGUUGUACGACAAAACAUUCUCAAUCUCCCAUUGGGCAGUCAGGUUAUUGCUGUUCCAGUGAACUCAUCUUUGUCUUGGCACACUAACCGACUCCGAGACAGCAGCAAAGAUGCGUACAACGUCAGCUACGCCUGGAAGCUGGUUCAGGACACAUCGUUCAUUUUAUGCAUAGUGUAUGUGCAGCCAGAGAUUCCAGUAAAACAGCUGAAAAACCUGAACACUGCACCCAGCUCCAAGCUUCUGUACCAUCGUUUAGACCUGUUGGGUCAGCCCAGCUCCUGCCUCCACUUUAAACAGCUUGCAACCGUUGAGUCCCCCACAGUGAUGCUGGCAGCUGGUAGCUUCUCCUCUCCCUACGAGCACCUCAGUCAGCCAGAAACAAAGCGCAUGGUGGAGCACUACACAGCCUACCUGAGUGAUAACACCAGGCUCAUCGCCAACCCAGGCCUUAAGUCCUCUGUCAGGAACGAGGUUAUGGCGACCAGUCACGUCACGGAUGAGUGGAUGACACUAAUGGAAAUGAGUAGCCUCAACUGCUACAUUGUGCGGCGUUACAUAGCAACGCCCAGUGGGGUGCUCCGGAUUUACCCUGGAUCAUUGAUGGACAAAGCCUUUGACCCGACCCGUAGACAAUGGUACCAGCAUGCUGUCGCUAACCCUGGCCUCAUCACCUUCACUGGACCUUACUUGGAUGUGGGCGGGGCAGGCUAUGUUGUUACAAUCAGCCAUACCAUCCAUGCCUCCAGCUCUCAGAUGGCACCUGGCUAUGCGGUUGCAGUGAUGGGUAUAGACUUUACCCUUCGUUACUUCUAUAAGGUUCUGUUGGACCUGCUUCCUAUCUGCAACCAGGACAAGGGCAACAAGAUCAGAUGCUUUAUAAUGGAGGACAGAGGUUACCUGGUAGCACACCCGACUCUCAUUGACCCUAAAGGCCAUGCCCCUGCUGAGCAACAGCACAUCACACACAAGGAGCCACUGGUUGCCAAUGACAUUCUGAACCACCCCAACUUUGUAAAGAAGAACUUGUGCAACAGCUUCAGUGAUCGCACAGUGCAGCGCUUCUACAAGUUCAACACCAGCAUACUGGGCGACCUAACCAACCUCGUCCACGGCAGCCAUUGCUCGAAGUAUCGUCUGACCAGAAUACCCGGCACCAACGCCUUUGCCGGUAUCGUCAAUGAGACAUGUGACUCUCUGGCGUUCUGCGCCUGCAGCACCGUGGACCGCCUUUGUCUCAACUGCCACAGGAUGGAACAGAACGAGUGUGAAUGCCCGUGUGAGUGCCCUCUGGAGGUCAACGAGUGUACUGGCAACCUCACUACUGCUGAAAACAGAAAUCCAAGCUGUGAGGUACAUCAAGAGCCCAUCAGUUUGAAUGUGAUUGAGCCCAGUCUGCAGGACUCACUUCCUCAGUGUAUCAACACCCGCUGCAGUCAGAGAUACACCAGCAGUGAUUGUUUCGGCGUUUUGGACUGUGAGUGGUGCAUGGUGGACAGUGAUGGUAAGACCCAUCUGGACAAGCCGUACUGUGCCCUGCAGAAGGAGUGCUUCGGGGGCAUUGUUGGUGCAAAGAGUCCCUAUAUGGACAGCUUGGGCAUCCUCGACGAAGAGGUGGCAUCGCUGAACAUGAUCAAGAGUGCCCCUGUGGGUCCGGUUGCCGGGGGUAUUAUGGGAUGCAUCAUGGUGCUGGUACUGGCUGUGUAUGCUUACAGACACCAGAUCCACAGGCGCUCGCACCAGCACAUGUCACCAUUGGCGGCACAGGAAAUGUCAGUGAGAAUGUCUAACCUGGAUAACGACAGAGAUGAGAGGGAUGAUGACAGCCACGAGGACAGAGGCAUAAUAAGUAAUACUCGCUUUAUUGCUGCGGUGAUCGAGAGGCACACCCACACACCAGAACGGCGGCGAAGAUAUUGGGGAAGAUCAGGCACGGAGAGCGAUCACGGCUACAGCACCAUGAGUCCUCAAGAGGACAGCGAGAAUCCACCGGGCAACAACGACCCGCUUUCGGCAGGCGUGGAUGUCAGUAACCACGACGACGAUAUGGACCUGGACACUCCCCCGCAGACGGCAGCCUUACUCAGCCACAAAUACUACCCCUACCGACACACGCACACACACCACCACCCGUUGCACACGCACCACCUACAAGCGGCAGUGACCGUGCACAGCGUGGACGCAGAGUGCUGAUCCUUGCCAGGGAUGGAACUUUAAAAAUACAUAUAUAUAUAUACUGUAUGUGUACAAAAUAGGUGCUUAUUUCUACAGUGUGCACUGUCCAUCCCUCAGCAUCAUCAUUUUUUUUUUUUUUACUGACCUGAAGAUAAUAUUGACCAAGUGUACAUAACUUUACCCACACUGAAAAUGACUCAAUAUCAGCUAGUGAAAAGAGCAAAAUGUUAUUUUUAUGUUACUUUGAUUUUUGAAGGAUUUAAGACUUCUGGACUCGUUUUAGGAGCAACAUUGGAAACAGCUAUAGCACAUUUGGAGAUGUUCAUUGGCACAACUACGGGCUAAAACCUGUGAACAAGCUUCUUUCUCAUGUGGAAGGCCAACACGGACACACAGCCACCCCCGAGACUCCCGUCCUUAGCAGCCGCCAAGCUCGCUCUUGUCAUCGCGACUGGAGGAUUGUAUUUGCGACUUCAUCAUGCAUUUUUUUUUUCUUGUUGGUUGAAAACAUACGUCACGGAUCUGCAAGAAUACAAAAACACUAUCAACAGUAAAAUAAAAAAAAUAUUUUUCUACUAUUUAUUCAAGAUUGCUGGACAGACAGAACAGCUGCAGCCUGCCACGUGAUGUGUGUCCCCGCCCACCUCUGAUGACGCUGGAUAGUUCAGUAAACAUUGGGCCUUGAUCACCUCCUCUGUGACACCAGUUCAACUAUUUUUAUGUAUUCCUGCGAGACAUCCGCCAUAAGGAACACCCUGAUUCUGGACCUUUCUAUGUCUUUGCUGUCUGGGGGUACAGCUGAGACGUUGGUGGCCUUUGGGAUGCGGAAGUCAGAGCUGAACAUAUCCAGUUUUAGAUAUGGAUGGAUAUUGGGUGUGUCCUGGAUCCUCUAACAGGAGUUCUGCUCAGUGACUUCAUUGGUCUGAGUAGGAAAACACAGCAGAACUGCAGUGUUCCUUAGUAGAAUGUACAGUCUAAAGUUUAUUCAUGCUAAUGUUUAUUAAUGAAUGAGCGGGAGAGAUGCUGCUGCUGUACAGAGGGGACACCCAUCUGUCAGCUCCUCUGUGAUUAACCACUCAAAAGUGUGUGUGUGUGUGCAUGCGUGCGUGCGUGCGAGCUUGAAUGCAUUUGUGUAUUUUUCCUUAAGAUAGUAUUAUAGAGCAUAGUUUAAAUGAUGCAUUCUCAUUUUUUUUAACAACCGAUAACAACCCAUCUGCACUCAGUGGCGUCGAUUGCUUAUCCUGUCAUGAGUUUUAGGUACAAAAAAAAUGUCCUUAUGAUGUGUAAAUACAGAAUCGGGAGUCCUUUACACUCCAUUUUUAUCGUUGAGACGACCCGAUGAUGCUCUGAUGUUUGAGUGUGUUCAUGUUGUCUACUAUAUUUUCAAUGCCUUGGACAUUUUUUAGGCUCAUUUUUGUUUUGGUCCAUAUUGGAUGGAAGUCAGUACUUUUUAAAACGUACACACUUUUACACGAGACUUGCAGUUUUUAAAGUUUUAUUGUGUAUUGUCGAAGCGCGUCGCUCCCAGAGUGAAAUGUAGGUAUGGAAAGGAAACGGUACAUUUGUUUUUUGCAGAGGUAAUGGCGAAAGUAGAAGAGUUGUAGUCUCAUCACCCACUGUGAUCUUACCAGCAUCUACAAGCUAUGAAACAGCUUUGAGAAUUAAGUCAUAGAAUUACGAGAUUAAAGUAGUAAUUUUGCAAGAAAAAUAAAAGCCUAUAGUGUAGCUGUAUAAAUUCCAACCUUAUUUGAGAAAUACAGUAUAGUCGUCCCUCACUGUUGUGGUUUGUCAAGGUAUACUGUAUAUGCAUGCAAGAAUACUUAAUUCUGCCCUAAAUUAAGCAAUCAAGCAUAAAAAUGGCUAAAUUAACUAAAAUGCAAAUAUAAGGCAUUCAGAAGACGCAUUCAAAUAUGUAUUGUUGAUAUGUAGUAUUCUACACUGGUCACUAGGUGUCAGUAAUGUUACAUUGAUGAGACAAUAGCCACAGCAAGAAGUGCUCGGUGAUAAUGUGGCUCCCUACUAUAUUGGGUAAUCCGAGUGUAAGGGUGGUGUUUUAUUUCAUGUGGAGAGGACUCUUAAAAAUAUUCAAAACUAUGUAGGAGGUCAUAAACAGGUUUCCGAUGCUCUAACUUAGAAAAUAUUCCAUUUAUAAAGAAGCAAUCCUACUUAGCGGAAAUUGACUUAGAUGAGGGAUGACUUACUACUUUUUUCUUGUAAUUUUAGAAUUUUUUUCUGGCCGUCAUAGCCUUUCUUAAUGAACACUGAUACUCAUACUACCCAUUGGUUUUUUGGGCUUCAGUUUCCUGGUAGGGUUUUUUUGUUGUUGGUUUUUUUUUUUUUUUUUUUUA